AUGCCUAAGAGAUUGGUCAUCGGAUGUGUGGACAGUGAUGCCUAUAGUGGACUCAUCACCAAGAAUCCUUUUCAUUUUAAAGAUUUUGAUAUUAAUUUUGUUGUCCUGAACGUGGAUGGCAAACAAGUCCCCACCAAGCCUUUGCAGCCAAAUUUCACUCAGAAACAUUACGUAAGAAGCUACAUGGGUCUGUUUAACACUACCGGCAAAACGUUUCGUGACGAGGGUAAUAACAUCUCAAAGGAUGAAUAUGGCACUGGUUUUACCCUGUUUGGAUUUGAUCUGACACCUGACCUUUCAGAAGUGGGCACAUUUCAUCUUAUAAAAAAGGGAAACUUGUCUUUGGAAGUGCAUUUCGGAACAGCCCUAGCCAAUACCAUCAACGUUGUGGUGUAUGCUGAAUUUGACAAUAUCAUAGAAAUAGAUCGUAACAGACAAAUUCUUUUUGAUUAUAGUGCAUGA